GAUGGAAUCGUCACCGCUUCCUUUGAGGUCGCUGGCCCGCCUCCGUAUACCAGCAAUGAGCACUGCGGAGGCUCCGGCGAUGGACAAGCCGUGCACCAGCCAGUUGCCGCUGCGCAUGAGGCCCGUGGCGAAGGCGCCGCCGACAGCGCUGGCGGCGUUUCAGGAACACGUGCUUGUGCUCAGGCAGCACCUGGUAGGGGCCGAGCAGUCGCUGGACACCACCGAUCCCGAGGAAUUCCGGUUGCUCAAGAAGGCACUAAUACAAGUGAGCAAGAUGAUCUCCCAGAUGGAAGCCGUCGCUGACGUGCUCGAGCAAAAGCGAGUCAACUUGAGGAACGAGGUGUGCACCUUGCAAGACGAGAACGCUCAGCUUCAGAAGGCAUUGUUGCGCGAGCGCCGCAAGGCGCUGAACAAGAGCGCAAAUAAUUCGCCGCUUCGAGGCCAGCGGAAGGUGUCGUCUCCGCCACCCCUUUUCCCUCUUGAUAGCAACGUCGACUACGACUCGCUGCGACAGUUCCUGUUCACGCCGACGCUUCUCAGAUUCCCACCACCGGAAGAGAACGAUUCACUGGUAGAUUUCCUGUUUGACGGCCCGGACAGCAGCGCCUCUACGUCUAAAGUCAGCACUGUCUUCGGUGCCAGUCCUGGACCCUCUGGAAGGGCCAGAAGAGGGCGCGGAGUUUCGCCGACAGGCCGCAGUUCCAGCAGCAUGACAGGUGGAAAGCAUUCUGGCAAUGCUAAACGAGGUCGUGGCGCCGUGGCUGCGCGGGCCAGGCCCCGACCCACCUUGCGUACCGUCACCGGAGGAGUCGAGAGGGGUGGCACGAGCUUCAGUUCGUCACCCGGGCCUGCGUUGCCCGACGUCAUGCUCCUGGGAGGCUCGGCGCCGAUAGCGACGCCCGUCACGCCGCCGCCGAUGCUUCCAACACUGGAGCAGAACGAGAUCGACGAUCUCGCCCAGAAGCUGCGGAAUCGCAACAAUAGGUUCGCGGGCAAGAAAGACGAGACGUUCACCAUUAUUGAAUGGAACGCUUCCCUCGACUAAGCAGCCAUGGGCUUUUUACUUAAUCAAUUGGAAAAGAAUAAAAUUCCCGUCU